AUGAAGGGUGGACUCCGUGUCGCAGGGUUUUGCGUCUUGGGUCUCAUUUUAUUCUCACUAUAUCUACUCGAGGCGCAUCUACAAGACAUCUGCGAUCAGUAUGGCGCUGGCGCAUACGUGAUUAACUGGCUAGAUCGCCAUGAUAGCGCUCCAAGCCCACACGGCGAGAUCACAUCAGGUGAUAAGGUGAUCGUUAUGGCGAAGCUGGCAGAAGAGCCUACUGAAUGGGUGGAAGAAGAGCUUCCUGACUGGCAACGCGCAAUCUAUACUGUCAACCCGUCGCGCGAAGCACGAUUAGAUGUCAACAUCCUUACGACCCCGCUCAACAAAGGCCACGAGUCCAUGGCUUACUUCACGUAUAUAAUCGAUAACUACGACACGCUCCCCUCGACCAUCGUCUUUCUCCACGCCCACCGCGCAGGCUUCCUCAUGGCCUGGCAUGUUGAUGCGCCACUCCACGACAAUGUCAUAGCCAUGCGUACCCUAAACCUUGAUUUCGUCCAGCAGAACGGCUAUGUGAAUCUUCGUUGCAAUUGGAAUCCCGGCUGCAAGGACGCCCACCGCUUGAAUAGUCAUGUCACAGAGGAUAUCUGGUUUGAUGUCUUCGACGGCACCAGUACGCCUCCUUUAAAUACUUCCUCGUCCACGGAGCAGGAAUUCGCGGACCAGAAGUAUCUUCGCAAGCCUGCUGAGAUUGGCGCCGCAUGCUGCGCGCAAUUCGCUCUCUCGCGAGAUCAGGUACGGAGGCGUCCAUUGGAGGACUAUAUCAAGUUCCGGCAAUGGGUUAUAGAUACGGAACUUAGCGAUGCUUCGUCGGGGAGAGUGAUGGAGUUUUUGUGGCAUAUCAUUUUCGGGAUGGAAGGGGUAUAUUGUCCUGAUGAACAAGUAUGUUAUUGUCAAGUCUACGGGCAGUGUUGA